CGACUCUGAAAUGCCCAAGGAGAAGCCUAACGCCGCUCGUCUUCCCCCCUGCGACGCCUGUAAACUGCGCAGGGUACGCUGCGACCCUGUGCUCCCACCUGCCUCUUGUCCACGAUGUGUCUCCAAAAACAUCAUAUGCACUACGAACGUCAUUCCGCGCGGGAGGCGGAAAGCGAGCACCGGUAGAAGGAUUGAGCAAGCAAGAGUUCUAUUUGGCGAUGCUCGGCCUUCCAGCACUAGCAGUCCAGCUGGAAAGGCGCCACCAGUCGCAGGCGGCAGCGUCUCCCCUGUGGUUCGCGCGGAAAGCAGGAUGUUCGACCUCGAGGUCUCUGGCGAGCUCAUCGCACACCUCCUUCAGCUAUACGCUCACGUACCCCGCGCACGCGUCAUCCCCUGCAACUUCAUCAUAUCAGCCUUCGAAUCCUCGGGCCGCCGCAUCGCUUCCUUAUCCCCAUCCACGCAGACCCUGAUGCUAGCCAUGUCCGCCAUCAGCUCCCAUGUCUCCUCCCACCCCGUCCUCUUUGGCGCGGGGCCGCGUCCGCCUGCACUGUCCACGUUCUUGGUCAGGUCCCUGUCGCUCUCAUCCAAGGCGCUGUACGAGUUCGGAAAGCGGAGGGCGGCUGCGUGUCGGGCGCUGACGGAGAUGGCGCUCGAGCACGCGUGGAGGGCUAAGGUGCUGAGCAGCGGCGACGACGAGGCCAUGGCUGCAUGCUUUCUGCUACAGGUUCUCGAGUCCCGCAGCAGACCCAGACCCGCAGUUCACGUCUGGAAAGCGGCGUUCAUCGCGCAGUUACGUCAGAGGCUCCUGCGCUGCCGCGAAGUUGGCUUUGGCGACUUUCUGAGCUCCGAGUCGUCGACGUUUUUCUUCUUCACGUCGACGCCCUCGAUGAUGGCGUGGCCUCCUCGGAACCAGCCGACACAUCCUGAUCCGGAAUCGUUCGAACACCAAGCGCAGCCUGAUGGUCGAAAUUACCUACAGCCCCAAAGCCUGUGUGAUGCCGGACAGCCGCUUGAUGGCAAUAUAAAGCUUCAGGAGAUGAGGCUCCGGUGGAGCAUGCAGCUGAUGUGGGAGGCCCUUACAUGCGUUUGGCAAGGCGAAGUCUGCGGAUACUCACUUCACGAUGAGGCGUUGUUGUGUGGUCCUCCACCGCCUUCGCUCGCGGAAUUGGUCGUGCAAGUUAGAUCUGAGAGUGUGCUGUGGUGGGAUACGCGGGGGUUUAUCGACCUGGUUAGACCUUACGCGUACCAUGUCACUCGCUUGGCUUUAUCUUCGUAUGACUGGCAAAUGCGAAGGAGGAGCGGACUCCCCUUUUCAUUCACCCGCUUCGCCGAACAUAUGGACGAUCUCAAACACCUGCACUUCCUUCUCUCGGUUGCACAGGUACGUUGUGCCAUGGCGUAUAGCUAUGAAGCAACAGAGUUUCGAAGGGCGGAAAGCAUGGCUGAGUCGGCAGACGGCGAACCUAGUAUCCCGUCAAUCAUGGGGAUGUACAUGCUGCACUCGAUGCGCACUGCCCUCGCAUCCGUGAACAUUCCCGUGCUCGAGGACCUGCAAGCGAGGGUGAAGGAGGCAAGCGCCGUCCCCGGGCCCGCCGACCCGGACAUGUCCAAGCUCGAGCUGCUCUUGCACACGUUCAGACGGGCCGUGGUCCACUGGGGGCACUACAUAAUACGUAACACGUUGAACGCGACGUACCUGGCGUGGCUCACGCACCUGGCAGACGAACCCUUCGUCUUCUGGUGCGAUCUCAUCGUGGACACAUCGCCGAUCGAGGAUGGCGGCGAUGCGAUCACGCGCAGCGAGAAGCUCGCGUGUCUCGAGAUCAUGUCUGAAGUCUUUGGCGUCGUCUCGUGGUCCAGGCCGGGCGCAUUCGAGCAUCCGCUCAGAAGCGAGAUCGGUCGCGCCAUCGAGGAGAUCAAGCUCGCGCAGGCGCUUAACGAAUCGUUCGGCUGGGGGGUGCCUGUGCCGGAUUCACGCUCCGUUCUCUCCUACGAGGGCGAUUACACCGAGAGCUCAUGCUGGCUCGGUGCAGUCCCUGCUGUGCUGGAGCUCCCUGAUAUCGAGGCAGCGAUGCGCGAUGCGGGCGUGAUGGAUAUGAUCAAGGGUUAUGGUCCUUCUGAGGCGAGCUUGAAGUGUGCCGGCUAUGCGGCAAUGGACACGUCUUUUGCCUCCUCAUCUCAGGAAACCUUUGGACAUGGACAGUUUUCAGGCACCUCUGUUGCUGCUAUAGAUUAUGGAAGUACAAUUGGAUGGACCCACGGUAGCGGUUACGGGCACGAAGACGCACGACAUGCCACUUCGUCGUUUGCGACUGGGUCGACCGGAGUGCAGACGCAGGCUUUCACAGCGGAUGCUCCACUAAACUUCGGUUAUGUGCCGUGUCAGGGCUAUGUCCAUGGUGCUGGUAUACCGGGGUGGGAUACGAUGGGCGUGCAUAUGGGCAUGUCCACGGGACAGACGGGCGUUUGGACUGUGGAUAAUGGAGAGUUUGAUGGUUCGACUGACGAGUCUUUCAGGGUCCUUGUAGAUCAAACGCACUAUGGCUCUUUAUGAUACAAGUCAACUGGGCUUUGCUGUUUGAGAUGCUGUACAGGCUGGCGAGCACGAAUAAAAAUAAGUAACCGC